AUGGCCAAGUCUUUAAGCUGCUUUUUCCUCAUUUUGUUCACACUUAUGCAUUUUGCUUGGGGUUGCUUCAAAUAUACCUGUAAGACUUCAGAACAAGUUUUUCUGCCAGAAACUUGCAUUUAUAAUGACAAUUUAACAGAUACCUACUAUUCACGAAAAUGCUCAGACUCAAAGUACCAGUGCGUCCCUGAUCAAACAUCUUCAUAUCAAUUUAACUACAGCUGCUCUUUACCAACUCCGCAACAUUACUCAAACAAUCCUGGAGAAUUUUGUAAGACAUCAGAUGAUUGCUCUUACGCUUUACCUUGCAAAGAUGGAAUUUGCAUAGGAACUGCAAAAGGCGGAGAAUGCCAAAAUAGUGGUACAUGCGAGCCUGGGACUUAUUGCAAAGACAAUAUCUGUGUACCACAAAUUAAAAUUGGAGAAAGUGGCUGCACAAGUGAUUAUGACUGCGUGAACAAUGCUGCUUGUAAUGAAACAUCUUACAAUGACCCUACUAAAAACACUUGCUAUUUGUAUAAGUCAUUCAAAGUCCAUGAUCCUGUUGCCCAAUGCUACAACGGCAAAAGCAUGCUGUGUCCUUAUUCAAUCUGCUGGGAAGACUUUCAUAAGUUUAUUUUUAAUCAAUAUUCGGCAAAGCUAAAUAUAUGAUCAAUUUGCACUUUACCAUAUAAAAGGAUAAUAGGGUAUUUUAUUGUACAGAUUUAUUCUCUACAGUAAAAGGUCAAGGUGCAGAAUGCAAUCCUGAUGAGGAAGAUGAUAGUUGUGAAUCAAAUCCAGAUAGUUUCUUUAAUCCUCCAUACAUUACAGGAGGAAAUUGCCAAUGCUCACUUAACAGUCAAGGAACUGCUCAUUGCUCAGCAUUGCCUGGAGAUCCAGCGUCUCUUCAAUAUAAUAAGAUCUGGACUAAAUGGAUAGAAAGCAAAGAUAUUAUUUUUGGUUGCUAAUAAGACUAAAUUUCUACAAAGCUAGCUUCUAUUUUACAAAAAUUAGGCUUCAAAAUAUUAGUAUGAUACUUCACUCAAUCCUUUAUGUAUAUAUUUAAAUGUAAUACUUUUUCAAGAACAGACAGCAAUUGCGUGAAAACUUAUUGGAGUACUAAAGAUUAUAAUGCUUUUGUUUACUAUCAGACUCAGUUAACUAUGCUUAAUUCCAUUAUUGGAGCUGAAGACUGUGUGCUGGAGACUAUGGCAGAAAAUUGGUUAGAAAUAAAAAAUGCUUACGAUGGGCAUGGAAAUAAUGAUGAUGACAGCGAUGGAAAUUCAGAUUCAGGAGCAUUCGCACUAGAAAUAUCAAUCUUGAUUGCUGUUGCAAUCUAUUAA